AUGGAUUCUGCUUUCGUGCGGUGCUCCCCCAAUAGGCUCAUCUGCUCCAUCUGUGAGGACUACUUCACAGACCCUGUCACCAUUAUCUGUGGGCACAGCUUUUGUACUCCUUGUCUUUGCCUGUUGUGGGAAGAUACCCAGACUUCUACUUGCUGCCCUGUGUGCAGGGCUAUAUCACAGCAAAUGGACUUCAAAAGCACUAUUUUUGCUAAGAAAGCAGUUCCUACUGGAGAGUCAACUAUCUACCAGUUACCAAGCUCUGUCAAGCAGAUCUGUAAGACACACCAAGCAAUGAAGAGUUUCUUCUGUCCAGCUGACAAGAGUCUGUUGUGUUUGCUCUGCUGUUAUUCCCCAGGGCAUGUGACUCACAAACACUGUUCAGUCAAGAAGGCUGCUGAGCACUACAGGGAGAAUAUUCUGAUGCAAAUGAAGUCUACUUGGAAGAAUAAACAGAAAAAUCAGAGAAAUCUAAACAAAGAGACCAAGAUACUCAAAGUAUGGAAGGGUUUUGUAAAUCUGCGGAUGAUGAUGAUCAGAGCUGAAUAUCCGAAGGUGUGUCGAUACCUCCAUGAGGAACUGCAAAAGCAUUUAGAGAGCUUGACAAAUGAAGGCAGGAUUAUUUUUGAGCAACUCAGGAAAAAUAUAACCACAAUGAUUCAUACUGGGAAACUGCUGAGAAGAAUCUAUGCGGAGCUGAAGGAACUAUGCUGUAAAGCGGAUGUGGACCUGCUCCAGGACAUGGGUGUUUUUCUUUGCAGGCAUCAGUUAGUGCAGCUGUACAUGCCUCAGCCCAUGGAUCCACAGCUCAGUACAUGGACCAUCUCUGGGAUGUCAGAAAGGCUAAACAACUUCCGAGUGUAUAUUACCUUGGAACAUAAGACAAACAUGUGUGACUCACCUCUGUUUGAAGAACUGAGACGUUUGCAAUGCAGUCAAGACACGUCCCAUAACCCAGCAAGUUUAGAGUUUUCAUCUUCAUGGGGAGCUCAGAUCUUCACUUCUGGCAAACACUACUGGGAGAUGGAUAUGGGUCACUCCUGUAAUUGGAUCAUAGGACUUUGCAAGGAAUCCUGGGCAGACAGGAACAAUAUGCUACUUAACUCUGAGGGUAUCUUUCUACUUCUGUGUGUCAAAGUGGAUGACCGUUUCGCUCUCUUCUCUACCUCCCCACUAAGACGCCAAUAUAUUCAAAGACCCCAGGGCUGGGUAGGGGUGUUUUUAGAUUAUGAAUUUGGUAUAGUUAGUUUUGUUAAUGUUGCCAGCAGUUCCCUCAUCUGUAAUUUCCUCUCAUGCUCCUUUUCUUUCCCUCUCAAACCUUUCAUUUGCUAUGGACCCAAAUGA